GAAACGGUGGGUGGAUUCGCUUCGUCGCGUGAAUAAUAAAAAAAAAUCGAGAGCGGGGAGGAGGAGGAGGAGGGGGGGUUUCGCGGUCGGCAUGGAGAUGGGUAGGGACGUGGAAGGGGCGGGGCAGCAGCAGCAGCAGCGGCGGCUGGCGGUGGUGCACAGCCAGGUGAGGCGGAUCAAGCAGGAGGAAGGCGAGAAGGUGAAGGUGGACGAGACGUACCUGCAGCACCACCAGGUGUCGGAGAUGCGGCUGGCGCUCCGGGACCUGGAGGCGAGGCAGCGGUCGCGCUCGCCGCUCGGGAGGGCGGCGGCACGCCCGGUGAUCUCCAUCGGCGGCGACUCGUGAGGAGGCGCCUCACCCGGCCGCACACGUACGCGACUACGCGCGCGUCGGCCGCCGCCGUCGUCUCCUUGAGUUCUUCUCUCGUCAUGGCUAGACCCGAUUGAACAGCCGAACAGGAGCAGGUGUUUGUUAGGAUCAUUCUCUGGCUGUCCUGCAUACAUUGAUUGGAUUUUUUUUUACGAGGAAAAUUUCAGUUCUUAGGAUGAAUGGAACUUCCAUCUUGGUUAUGUAAAUACUUCAGUUGAUGCCUACUAGUUAUUUUGGAUUAUGGGACCUACUAGUUAUUUUGGACCGUUCAUUUGUGAUGAUAUGUUUCAUCUGUCUUUUACAGUGGAAAACGUAUAAUUUAGAGCAUGCAACUGACAGCGAAUACUUGCUCAUAAUUUACGAUCAACUC